AUGAAGAAUGAUGACUUGAGCAAGGCCCAGGAGGGCAGUGGAUGCCCUGAAAGUUCCAGAUAUUGUCCUUCCAAAGUCAAACUUGUGUUUGGAGAGUACAUCGUGAACUGUAUUGAUACUGGAGUUAUGUACUCCCAGGUUCAAGCUAUUACUGGUGAAGAUUACUUCAUCAAGUUGAAUGGGUUCUUCUGGGUGAUCUCGUCACUCCAAUCUGCCUUUUUAAUAGACUUGUUCUUUAAUGCAUCCAUCCUGCUGUGCAAGGCAUGGAAAGUUCGGCUACAUUGGAACAGCUCCACAGGCGCAAAACUUAUGCAGUUUCCCUAUCUGGCCAGCCGACUUCUGUCUGUCGAGGAAUCUGUGCAGGAGGAAUUGUACAUUAGCUUAAGUCGUUUUAUUCUUAACAUGUACAAUAAUGGGAAGCAGUUAAGAGCUGAAGUAAUGGACCCUAUCAUGUUGGACAUGAAGGUUCAAGGUGGCAGGGAGAGGGAGGGGUCAAGUUGGUACUGGCACAAAGGAGAAGUGACACAGCAGUUAGCGUCAAGAAUACCAUGGGCAGGCGAGAGGAACUUGCCUCAAGACAGGGCCUCUGAGACAUCAGUGAGUGGGCUUGAGUACAUUGGGAAGCUGAUGGCUGAAGGUGAGAUGGAUGGUGCUAAUGAAAGAGGUCUAAUUUUAGGCACUUGUCAAAUGUUAAUGUUCCAAUCGAGCACUGGACCAAUGCUCCAGGGACGGAUGCUUCUCCCGUUGAUCCUUGUGACUGGGAUUGGAGGAGGCUUCCAAUAUGGAUUUAACAUGUCUUCAAUCAACGCACCUUCAGCUUUUAUUAAGGAUUUCAUUGCUGAGACAUGGAUUACGCGCUUUGGGACAACGUUGGAUGAAACUGCUGUCACACUCCUCUGGUGCGUGAUUGUUUCGACCUAUCCAAUUGGAGGACUGCUUGGAGCCCUAAACGCUGGGCAUCUCUCAGUAAAGUAUGGGAGGAAGAACGCUCUACUUUUCAACAACAUUGUGGCCAUCAUAGCUGCAAUAAUAAUGAUGUUCAGCAAGGUGGGACGGUCCUUCGAGAUGAUCCUGCUGGGGAGGUUUCUGUAUGGAAUCAAUGCAGGUAUUGGCCUCAACGUUCACAGUAUGUACCUAGGAGAGAGCGCACCAAAGGAACUGCGAGGUCUUGUGUCUUUGACCCGUGCAAUGUUUGUUGCUUUUGGGAAAUUCAUUGGACAAGUGGUUGGACUCAGGGAGAUUUUAGGCACCGAGACAGCCUGGCCAUUGCUGCUGGCCUUCAGCGGCCUGCCUGCCCUUAUUCAGCUUGUUUUGCUGCCCUGGUUCCCAGAGAGCCCCAGAUACCUCCUGAUCGACAGGGGCAAUAAGGUCCUAUGCAUUGAUGCGCUCCAGAGACUCUGGGGUCAGGGAGACUUUUUUGAGGAGGUCCAGGACAUGGAGGCUGAACAGGCUGCGGCAAAGGGGGAACGAGUGAAGACCGCCCGGGAGCUGUUCCAAGACCGCUCAGUACGAUGGCAGCUCAUUACCAACAUCAUGUUGACUGUUGCCAUGCAGCUGUGUGGUAUCAAUGCAAUUUAUUUCUACUCUUCUGAAGUGUUCCAGGAAGCUGGAAUUCCUGAUUGGACAAUACCAUAUGUGGUGUUAGGGGCAGGCGCAACACUCCUCCUCACCUCAAUGAUUUCUGGAUUUUUCAUCGAACGAGAUGGGAGAAAGGCCUUACUGUGGAAAGGAUACAGCCUGAUGACUCUGUGGGCAGCUCUCUUGUGCGUUACUCUGCCUCUGCAGCAUCAGUUCACCUGGAUGCCGCACUGCAGCAUAUUCCUCAUCUUUGCCUAUAUCUUCAGCUAUGGAAUUGGUCCUGCGGGUGUGACUGCGAUCAUCCCCUUCGAAAUCUUCACUCAGUCAUACCGACCUGUUGCCUUUGUGAUAAAUGGCUCUUUCCAGUGGCUGGGCCUUGUCCUUCUGGGAAUGAUCUUCCCAUUUAUUGUGGAAGGACUGGGCCCAUUCUGCUUCCUAAUCUUCCUGGGCGACUGCUUGAUCAUUGCAGUGUUUGUCUUCAUCAUUCUGCCGGAAACAAAAGGAAAAACCAUUCUGGAAAUCAAUGAGGAGUUUCGGAAAAUAAACCGGAAGAGGAUGGGAGGUAGCUCUGUGGCAGUUCGCAGUAAAAUCCCACAGCGCGAUCCAGAGAUCUUUGUCAUUGCUACCAGACUAUAA